AAGAUGAACUGCACUUAGUAGGAAUAUAGGACAAAUUUAACACAUCAAAAAUGCCGAAAAAAUUCAAUUACCAGAAAUACUCUUCAAUAAAAAGUGACUGCCUAAAGAAAAAUGAACUUUUUGAGGAUCCCGAAUUUCCAGUCAACAGUAAAUCUCUGUUUUUCAGCAGGGUUGAAAACGACAUAGUAUGGAAACGACCAGGGGAACUUUGUAUGGCACCAAAACUGGUUGUUGAUAGUACGAAUACAGAUUUUCUCCACCAGGGGGAGUUUGGAAACCCGUGGUUUGUCACUGCGUGUGCUAGUCUUACCAAAGAGAGGACACUUUUCAACACAGUAGUACCAGAUCUCAAGAACCAGGAAUGGAAAUAUGACGAGAAAUCGAAACCAACCUAUGCUGGUAUAUUCAAAUUCCAUUUAUGGAGGUAUGGUGAAUGGAAAAAAGUUGUCGUUGAUGACAGAUUACCGACAAAAAAUGGAAGACUUGUGUUCUGCCAUUCCAACUCAGGAAAUGAAUUCUGGAGCGCUUUGUUGGAGAAAGCGUAUGCUAAAUUGUACGGAGAUUACGAGACUAUGGGGUUUGGCCGAGCUUCUGAUGCUUUGGUUGAUUUUACCGGUGGCGUUGCUGAGAAACUGGUUUUGGCAAACUUUGAGGCAAAUGAUCCAAACAGUCAGCGUGACCUAUUUAAAAAACUUAAAGAUGCUAUGGACGACAGAGCACUACUUAACUGCAAUAUCGUUUGUAAAAAAGGGGACAUUGACACAGCAACAAACCAUGGUCUAAUUUUAGGUCACGGCUACAAUAUAACUAACGUUGUAGACGUUAACAUAAGGAGCAAAACAGGAUAUGCAACAAUGUUUAUGAUCCGCCUAAGUAACCCAUGGGGAACGCAAAAAUGGUCUGGACCUUGGGCUGAACACACACAGGAAUGGAAUUCGUUAAGCUAUGACGAAAGGUUAAAAAUGCGUAAUGAAAAUGAAAGAGAAUUCUGGAUGAGACUUAAUGACGUCAUUAGCAAUUUUACCAGUCUUGAUAUAUUACACUUUGUGAACACCUCCAUCUUCUCUCCGAAGAAAAGGUGGCAAGAGAGUGUGUUUCACGGAGAAUGGAAAGCGAAGACAGGAACAAAUGGUGGCAGUGACUGGAAUUCCAGAACUUUCCUGAGUAAUCCGCAGUAUGUGUUUGAUAUAACGGCAGUGAACGAUGAGAUUUUGGUUUCCCUGGAACAGCAUGAUAUCAACAAAUCUCGAUUACAUCGUGGUAUUAAACUCGACGAGAUUGGAUUUCAAGUGAUGAAGGUGGAAGAAAACCGGAAAUACAGAAUCCAUAUCAAUGGAGACCAGAUGUUCAAAUCCGAUUAUGUAAGGUCAAGAAGUGUUUUCGGGUCCGUCGAGUUGAAGAAGGGACGUUAUGUGCUUUUCCCGACGACAAAAGACGCAGGGGACACCGGAUCAUUUAUGGUGCGACUCUACACGCCAAACUCAGCAUCUAGCAGGGAGCUUAAAGAAGAAUGUCCUACGGCGUCAUUCAUCGGUGGAACCCCAGUACAGGUGUCUACAAUAACAAUAAAACGUGCUACUGGUCUUGAACUUCCCGCAGGUUCUUCAGUCGAAACUAUCGAUGCUUACGUCAAGAUUCUAUGCGAGGGAGAGAAAAUCGUCUCAGACAAACAGUUGGAUACUGACAGACCAAAGUGGAAUAUAAAAGCAACAUUUUACCGAAAACAUCCUGACACCGAUCCCAUCAUUGUUGAGGUUUGGAACAGUAACAUGUUAAUAGAUGACUUCAUGGGUGUGGCGAGAAUACUGGAACCUGGUAACGAAGAAGGGGAAAGAAUCAAAUGUGAUUUAUUUGGAAGGAGGAACGAAAAAGACACCAUUCAACCAGGGAAUCUUCAUGUUUUCAUAAAAUCCAGUAACGAUCUGGCUUAUUUGUAACUGACUUCUUGUAAUCAAUGAACUGUAAACAUUGUGAUUGGUGUAACGUGGCAAUAGCAAAAUUAUAUAAU